GGACAAUCAAGCACGCUUCGGCUAGUUCCAAUCUACGCCAAUAUCGGACUCGGUGCAUUGAAGCAUUAGUUGGCACACGCUGGCCCGAAGACCGAUGAGGAGCUUCAGGUCCUGUACAUCGUUGCUAGGCCCCGGCAUGGGGACUUGGUUGACGAAUGAAUUUGACCUCGUACAAACACAAGUGAAGAGUUCGAAACGAGUUUCUCAUUGGUAAUAGAUUUGCUUGUGUUCGGCUUGGACGACACGAAAACCCCUCCAACUCCACUUCAUUCACGAUGGCGAUUUGGGACAACAUUCCGGUUCAAGGCAAGAAGCACCGAGAUGAAGAUUCGAAGCUGCAUGUAAUCAUCGUUGGUGGCGGCCUGGGGGGCUUGGGAGCAGCCAUCGCUACCUUGUUAGCAGGACAUGAUGUGACAGUUCUCGAAGCAGCGUCUGAGAUCGGUGAAGUCGGUGCGGGUAUCCAAGUCCUUCCCAACUCAGCUCGCGUCCUAUUUUCGUGGGGGCUGAAGGACGCACUCGAACCAUAUGCUACAAAGCCAACACAGUGUAACUUCAUUGGGUGGAGAGGCAACCAUUUGUCUGAGAUGGACUACGUCGCCUAUGCCUCGGCCACUGGGGCUCCGUUUUGGGAUUUCUACCGGAUGAACCUGCACAAGUGUCUUCUCGAGAGGGCAGUUGGGCUUGGGGCAAAGCUCGUCACGAACGCCAGAGCAGCUGGGUUCACCGUCGACGCCCAUAAAUCAACAUCGACAAUCAUUUGUGCAGAUGGCAGGAAAUUUGAGGCUGAUCUUGUCGUUGGUGCUGACGGCAUUAACUCGAGUUUGCGGGAGGCAUUCUUGGGAAGAGAAGAUCCACCAAUCCCAACUGGUGAUCUAGCAUAUCGCUUGAUGCUGAACACACAGGAGAUGCGGAAAGACCCAGACCUCCGUGAAUUUGUGGACGAGCCGCAGGUCAACUAUUGGGUUGGCCCGGGGAAGCACGCAGUCAACUACGUCCUCAGGGGAAAGGCCGCGUCAGGUCAGGACUACAGCCAGGACCCCAACCUCCUCUUCAACAUGGUCUUGUUAGUCCCAGACGACAUGCCAGCUGGUGCGAACACACUCGAAGGAAAUAUCGAGGAGAUGCGAGCCCAUUUUGCAGACUGGGAUCCUCGCAUUCCCAAGUUGCUUUCAAUGUGCAACUCGGUGCUCAAAUGGCGGUUGAUGAUCCGCCCUGGGCUAGAGCCAACAUGGUCGCACCCAUCUGGCACAUUCACGAUGCUUGGUGAUGCAGUCCACGCGACGCUUCCAUACCUGGCUAGUGGAGCCGGAAUGGCUCUUGAGGAUGCUGGCGUGCUGGGACUUUGCCUCGGCCGUCUCAAGGGCAAGUCGUCAGCUGAAAAAAGGAAGGCGCUGGGCGUCUAUGAGGCGUGCAGGCGAGAAAGGACAGAGGAAGUGGUCAGAAGGGGCACCUAUAACCAGUGGAUGUAUCAUCUGGAAGACGGUGAGGAGCAACAGGACCGUGACGCCAAGUUCAAGCUUUUUGGGGACAUGGAGAAGCAGUGGCUAGGUGAGGAGAACGCAGUUCUUCCUACAAAGCAAGAAACUGGGGAUGACCCUUUCCCAUGGCGGUACCACGGGGUCGCUCGGUGGCUUUUGACUUAUGAUAUGUGGAGGGACGUGGCUUCGAAGUGGUCGCGGGGCGAAGUAUCUGACGUCGUGAGUAUGGAAGCAGCUCGUCUUUAAUUUCCAUUCAAGGGUUUUUGUCCUCAAGCUUAUAGUCUCAGAAUUAACCAGUAAAAAUGGAGUUUUAAGAUUCAAUGCG